CACAGGCAGGAGGGCCAGCACGCUCUGUCUGUGGUCUGCCGAUCUCGGCUUGCUUGGGGGGUGUGGAAGACGAGGGGAAAGGGAAACGGAGGCUGUUGCUGCCAUUUCGAAGAGGCAGUUAUAAACACAAGCCGCAGACAAGGAACCUAUCAGAACCAUCGCCGGAUUACUGUCAGGAGGCACGACUCGGAGCAAGUGCGAGGAAAGGGAGAACGAGGACUAACUAACCAGCUCUUCUGUAGUAAAAGAAGACUGCACUCCGUCGUCAGAUUUGUGUGUGCAGCUGAACAGACAGCAUUACGGUACAGACGGGGCUGGGGAGAUGAGAGACCCGUGAAUUCGGACACACUGGCAGGGUCAAGACACUGCGAGUAGCUCGCUUCCUCAUCACCCUGCCGUGCGGCGCUGAGACCAGUUCGCACAGUUUAGGCGUUGAGUUGGGACCAUUCCUAGGCUCUGACGACAGAGGCGAAAGCUUUCCAAGCAGGUGCUGAUGAACAGAGCAGUGCUAUGGAACAGGUGAUCUGAAGAGUUGCGUACCUGCGUCGAGAAUGGGCUGUGUGCACUGCAAAGAGAAGGCCUCCUCCAAGGCCCAGGGAGUGGUGGCUGAUGGGAACCCACAGGCCUCUAACCCACGCUACGGCCCCGAUCCAACGAAUCAGAGCCAGCAGAGCAACUUCAGCCGAAUCCCCGACUUCAACAACUUCUCCGGCACGACCGUCCCCGCGGCAACACCUUUCGGAGCCCUGUCGUCAUACCCCUCCGCCACACUGCAGUCCCGAGGGGGCGGUGGCAUCACAGGUGGUGGGGUGACCCUGUUUGUGGCCCUUUAUGACUACGACGCUCGCACUGAAGAUGACCUCACUUUCCGCAAGGGGGAGAAGUUCCACAUCAUCAACAACACGGAAGGGGAUUGGUGGGAGGCACGAUCUCUGGACACAGGCAACAGUGGCUACAUCCCCAGUAAUUAUGUGGCACCUGUAGACUCCAUACAGGCUGAAGAGUGGUAUUUCGGGAAGAUGGGACGCAAAGAUGCUGAAAGGCAGCUGCUCUGCCCGGGGAACCCCAGGGGUACUUUCUUGAUCCGGGAGAGUGAGACGACCAAAGGAGCCUACUCCCUGUCCAUCCGCGACUGGGACGAAAUGAAGGGGGAUCACGUCAAGCAUUACAAGAUCCGGAAGCUGGACAACGGCGGGUAUUACAUCACCACGCGGACGCAGUUUGACACAGUGCAGCAGCUGGUGCAGCACUACACAGAGCGCGCGGCAGGCUUGUGCUGUCGGCUGGUGGUGUCCUGCCACAAGGGAAUGCCUAAGCUGGCGGACCUGUCCGUCAAAACCAAAGAUGUGUGGGAGAUCCCGCGGGAGUCGCUGCAGCUCAUUAAGAAGCUGGGCAACGGGCAGUUUGGGGAAGUCUGGAUGGGCAUGUGGAAUGGCACCACCAAGGUGGCAGUGAAGACCCUGAAACCUGGCACCAUGUCCCCCGAGGCCUUCCUGGAGGAGGCCCAGAUCAUGAAGAGACUGCGUCAUGACAAGCUGGUGCAGCUGUAUGCUGUGGUGUCCGAAGAGCCCAUCUACAUCGUCACCGAAUUCAUGAGCCAGGGAAGCCUGCUGGAUUUCUUGAAAGAUGGAGACGGACGGAAUUUGAAGUUGCCUCAACUGGUUGAUAUGGCAGCACAGAUUGCAGCAGGGAUGGCAUACAUCGAGAGGAUGAACUACAUCCACCGCGACCUGCGGGCCGCCAACAUCCUGGUGGGAGACAACCUGGUGUGUAAGAUCGCCGACUUCGGGCUGGCGCGACUUAUCGAGGAUAACGAGUACACCGCGCGCCAAGGAGCCAAGUUCCCCAUUAAGUGGACAGCGCCAGAAGCUGCUCUGUAUGGCAAGUUCACCAUCAAAUCAGACAUAUGGUCCUUUGGGAUCCUUAUGACAGAGCUCAUCACCAAGGGCAGGGUGCCCUACCCAGGGAUGAAUAACCGCGAGGUGCUGGAGCAGGUGGAGAGGGGCUAUCGCAUGCCAUGCCCUGUUGGAUGUCCUGGCUCGCUGCACGAGAUGAUGCUACAGUGCUGGAAAAAGGACCCCGAUGAGAGGCACACCUUCGAGUACCUGCAGGGCUUCCUGGAAGACUAUUUCACCGCCACUGAGCCACAGUACCAGCCAGGGGAGAACCUGUGAUCAGGGUGCCUCUAUGCACAAACGCUUCACCCCUGAGUCCUGGCGCAAAGACAGUCUGGUCAGAGCUGUGCCAAGGCAGCUCCUGACUUCCUGCUACCAACUUACACCUCUGCCUGAGGCUGGCAUCGUAUGGCAAAGACUGACAAGGGCAUCCUGUCGCCAUGCCUACAAGUCCCUUGGAUUUCCUCCCUUGAAGAGAGACAAAGGCUUUUAACCACAGAGCAGAGCAGAAGGAAAUAAGAGCCUCUGUUUUGUUUUUGCUUAAGCUUAAGUACCUAAAAGGUUUAGGUGCGCAUUUGGGUAUGAACUCUGCAGGGAGGUGAAACAGUACAAGUGGGAGGGGUGUAGGUGUGGUGGAGGGAGGCUUUGAACAAGCACUUUCCACACCAUUGCAUUACGUUAAAUUACUGCCUACCUAUAUUUUAGUAAUUGAGAAUUGUUUUCCAAAAGAAGUUGGGGUUGGGCUUGUGGGGAGUUGGGAGGAAGCUUUUAAGAAUAUUGGAUUGGUUUAGAAAUGAUUUUAAAAAAGAUCUUAGUUAUCAUUAUUUUUAUUGUAUUCUUUAAUGUAAUUAUUUAAUACAGUCUCUGACGACUCAAGUUUCUUUUAGCUCUGAUCUUGUUUUAUGGAUCUUGAUUUUUUUUUCCCUACAAAACCUUCUGAAUCACAUUUGAGUGUCUUACUGGGUCUCUUGCCUCUUGAUUAGACAAACUAGGGUGAGUUUUGUUUUCAAUACACACAGUUCAACCGUGACUUGUGAGGUCGGUCACAUGAACAGAAUGGAAUCCUUCUGGACUGGAAUGAGGACCUCGCGGACUGAUUGAGGUCUUUUUCCUGAAUCCCACUUCUGGCUGAGUCUUGAGUAUAUGGACAGAGAACAUGGAACUAAAUUCCAGAAUGGAACUAAGAAGCACUUUGCAUAAAGAAGUUGCUGGAUUACGUAACAAACUGCUGAUUCUGUGUUGUACAUUCUGAUGAUUUCCAAGACUUGUUUUGAAUGAAGAUCCUAGAUCCAUAGGUGGCUACACACUGGACAUGGUGGCAAGCAAGGCCUCUGAUUUGUAAUAUUUCUUGAUUUUUCAUGCUCUUAUUAUUUUAAUUUCUUUUUCACUUUUGUGCAUUAAAGAAAAAAGAAUCUCUAUAUAAUGUGUUUUUCUCUCUAAUCCAGUGAUUGAACUUCCAGAAAUAACCCCACCUGGCUAGCUGCAUUGUGUGCUGAGGCAGUGAAGUUGUUAGUUCCCUCAAGUAGUUCUAGAGAUGGGCAGCUUGAAGGGACAAAGACAUUUGUGUGGUAGCGUGAGAAAACGGAAGCAUCGCUAUGUGUGUAUGUGAAACACAAACACAUACCUGUAGAACAGGAAGAGAAAGAUCAAAAGAUGGGUUUUACACUGCCAACUAAUAUUCAGUAAAACUUGCUAAAGGUCAAUGAAGAGUUGUAAAUGCCCUGCAAACUUAGACUGGAAUGGGCAACGGUCAGAUUUCUGCAGAUGUUAAUCUAGUGAUUUAUUUAAAAACAUG